AUGUCAUCGUCCACCAUAGAAAAAGCAAUGUUUUGUUUCGAAUUUUUCGUUAAAUCCAUCGAAGUAUUUCCUGAAUCAGUGAAUAUUCAAUCGUUGGAAAUCAAAUUCGAUGACUACGAGUGGUUAAAAAUUUCUGACGAAUAUUGGAAUGAUAUUGGUAGACGAUGUUACAUGAUAAAAAAUACAAAUUUUCUUGAUCGGAUUGCAGACAGCACACUUCGAGUUCAAGCAGUAUGCACCGAUGAAUCAGUUUUCUCUGCUGAUGGAGUGGUGGCGAAUUGCAAAGGAAUAAUAAAAUUGUACCGGGUUGGUGAAUCAUCAAAAAAUUUACAUGUGCGCGUUGUAAUGCGCAUAGUUAAUGUAGACUGUGCACAUUUAGCAAGUUUUUGUCUCAAGAGUACUGUUGCUGUUGAUGAAGGUACUCAAACAGAAUGGCACCACAUGAAUCGACGCGUGCAAGCUGUCCAAAAAAUGCGCAGUAUUGCUAUGCAGACUCAUCACCGGAAAAUAAAAAAUAUAAAAAAUCACAUACUGAAUGGCAAUAAUGGAAAAAAGGAUGGCAGCACUCAGUGUUCAAGCAAAGUUUCUGAACAGCACCUCUCACAGAUUAGCAAUGCAAUAACUAAAAUUUUACUGCAAGCUGCUGGAGAAAAAAAACAACCACAUCUUAGAAAUGUGCAGAUAAUGAAUUCAUGCAAAAAACCGGCAAAAAUUUUGGUUGAAAAUGAAGAAAAUUGCAAGGAAAGCUUGUUGCAAAACGAAUAUUAUCGAAGAGAGCUCAAGAAGGAAACUGAACAGUGUGGAAAGUUUCCUGAGAGUAACAUGUCAUGUCGAAAUGCUGAUAGAUCUCGGCCGAGAAGAAUUGACGAUGAAGCAGAGUUAAAGUCUGAUACGACUUUACGCAAAAAUUCCAACGAUAGUUAUGACAUUAUUUACCGUAAACGAAUGUUGCGUAAGUUGGAUCAGUUGAUUGCGCAAAAAUUAUUAGCAAUUCAAAAGAUAAAUGUGAUCAAAAUUGCGAGCCAAAAUAAGAAGCCGCAGCAGAAAAAAGUGGAAAGACUUUGUCACAUUGCGGGAAAUAGUGCUUGCUAUGUUCCGAUCUACUCCGAUGCAUUUUAUCCACGCAGGAAAAGGACCAGAUGUAAUAAUAAAAGUACGAAGGCCACUAGCAAAAAAUUACCAUCUGAAAAAGAUAUUGAGAAAGUGUGCGAUUCCGCUUCUCGAACUUCAUCACUGCUGUCAGGAAACAACUGCAUUAGUGCUGAGGCGAAAACAUCUCAGAGACAUCUUGCAGAAACUUCUAAUUCUGCAGCUCGAAAUUCUUCAGAAAGAUAUUUAAUGGUUGCAAAAGGAUGUACCGAUGAGAAUAUGAAUCAGACAAGUGCCUUAUUCCAUAAUAAUUAUAAUGAUAUUAGCAUUAAUCACGAAAAUCCUACGGAUUCAACUCACACGAUUAGCACAGAACGAUCUACCGCUGAUGAACUUUAA